UCGAACAUCAUCAUCUUUCAUCAUUUAGUUCCCUGGCAUCGAGAGCUUUAUUCCCAAUGGACCUGAUCUCAUCCAAAGUUUCCGCCUGCCUCGAAAAAUUUGAAACCUUGGUGGCUUCUGAACACUUAGAGGAGUACAGGGUAUCGCGUUCGGCCUGGCAGGACGAAUUGGAUCGCCUGCGGGAUUGGUGUUCUGAAACUGAGGCCCAGGAAAUCGGUCAGGACUCUCUCGAUUUCGUGUUGCGGGAUUCUGGGGACUAUGCAAGCUUUGCUCUUAGGAGCUUGGAAUCGUUACAAAGCUGGCUAGAGAAAGCGAUAUCCGACCCGGAAGGCCUGAAAUAUGGCCGCAACGAGGAUUUGGACACUCUCCUCAGAGAUUUACCCGCUUGGGCUGACGCUCUCCGAAGAUAUUUCCUCGCUUGGGCUGGUUGGGCUGAUGAUGGUAAAGAAGAACGGAAUGCUGAGUAUGAAGCCAUACUUAAUCAACUUGAUCAGGAUGAAGACUCUAAAGCCAGAGCCGCCCAGCACCACGCAACCUGGUAUCUUCGGGAAGAGUCAUUGCCGCCUGUGAACCAGGCGACGCCGAUGCAAAACUACUACAGAAAGACUAUCAGAUUGAUUAGGAUGCUCUGUUUCACGAUCGAUUCAUUUCAGUAUAUGAAUCCCCCUGAUAGGGACUACCUAGUUUGUUUCUCAAGCAGGAACAAAUAUGUCCUUCGCUUCAAGGACGUCGACGAGAAGCACGUCGCCGCCAAAUUCCCCUCUGCGCGAAGUCUUAUACCUCGACUGGCCCUACAUAUCUCCAGGUGCAGGGCGAUUCUAAAGUAUCGUGAAAGACGCUACAAUGAUCCCAAAGGUCCCAAUCAGAGGAAAUUUGAUGUGCAGGAGAGUGAUUACCCAGACGAUGAACCAGUGACCGUCAAGGAAACCGAUAUCCCCCAGUCGUCUUCGAGCCACGCAGAAGCACCCUACAAUAAGGAUCUUGUGUACGGCAAGGAACCCCUCUCCUGUCCACCUAUCCCUGAGUCAGCAAGCCUGGGCGAAUUCCAAUGUCCAUACUGCUUCUACAGUAUUUCAGCUGGGUAUGGGAAGCUUCCGAAUGUCUGGAGAAAGCAUCUGUGCGAGGACUUGCGGGCGUAUGUGUGUGUGGUCCCGGAUUGUCCGAUAGGGGACACAUGGUCAUUUGACCAUCUUUUCACAUGGCACAGCCACAUGACAAGCGAGCACUCGAUCCACCGCACGCCAGAUCCCACCGUUCCGUGUCCCAUUUGUCAACAUCCCUUCCGUCCCACUGAAUUAUUGGAGCACAUCGCAUAUGAUCUCGAAGAACUCGCUCUCUUCGCUUUUGUUGAUCCCUUUUCCCAGCCAUCAGGCGAGGCGGGCGAGACCAGCGCCGUGGAAGCUACAUCUUCCUCUCCUGAAGACCCGGAAACCCCAUCGUUUUGGUCUGAACAAGCAGGAUUUAUACCCCAUCGAGAUUUCCGGUCCUCGUCCAGCGAAAUGGACGUGAAUCUAUCCGUUGAGUCAGGAGAAAUACGCCGCCGCCGCCGUGUUAAGGGCAAACGCAAACGCAGAGGUCCCCGACAUUCAAAGUCCCGGCGUCACGAACCACAGUGUCUAUUCCCAACUGUCGUCGUGUGGUGUAUACCGAGGACAAGAAAUCUUCAGAUUCAGCAUAGAUCAAAGAAAUUCACCGAAGCUGAACGCGAAAAGAAAAAGAGCCGCAAGGUCAAUAAGAUUCAGAUGAGCCCUUAA